AUGAAAGGAAACAUUUUUUCCUCCCUUUGAACUUACAAAGUCAUUGUGCCUCCUCUUGAGGAUCACCUGUUCACAAUGGCCUUUGAGGAGCUCCUGGAUAAAGUUGGUGGCCUGGGAAAAUUUCAGAUCCUUCAGAUGGUUUUAUUUUUUCCCUUUUUGAUGCUCGGAAUCUGUCAGACGCUGUUGGAGAAUUUCACUGCAGCCAUUCCUGGUCAUGGCUGCUGGGUCCACAUCUUGGAUAAUGACACUGUCUCUGAUAAUGACACUGGGAUCCUUAGCCCUGAUGUCCUCCUAAGAAUCUCCAUCCCAUUGGAUUCAAACUUGAAGCCAGAAGAAUGUCAUCGCUUCCUUCUUCCCCAGUGGCAGCUCCUUCACCUGAACGGGGCCCUCCCCAACAUGACUCACCUGGACAUAGAGCCCUGUGUGGAUGGCUGGGUGUAUGAUCAAAGCUCUUUCCACUCUACCAUCGUGACUGAGUGGGACCUAGUAUGUGAUUAUCAGUCACAGAAACCAGUGGUUCAGUUCCUAGUCAUGGCUGGAAUGCUGGUGGGAGGCUUCGUAUAUGGCCAUCUCUCAGACAGGUGA